AUGGCAUCCCCCCGCGAGUACGUCAACGACCCACGGUUCACCAGGAUCUUUGACCUGCCGCCGGAUGCGACUCGCGGACGCUCCAAGCCGUUCAGAAUUGCGUACGCCGACUACGGCUACCGGAAUGAAGCCUUGCCUGAGCAGGAUAAUGUUCUCCUCUUCUUCGGGUCGCUGAUGGGGUCGCGUCUCAUCCACAUCGCCAAGGAUGAGCUCGCAAAAGUGCACAAAGUUCGGGUGAUCAACCCGGAUAGACCCGGCAUCGGGGGCACGGAUGCCGCAGAUGCGGAGCACAGAAUGGGCUUGUGGCUAGACGCUAUUCCGGCGCUUCUGGACCAUCUCGGGAUCAAGCAUAUCUCUGUGGCGUGCCAUAGCUGUGGUGUCAUCUACGCCUUGGACCUGAUGCUUCAUCACCCCGAGCUUCUUCACCCUGAAAGACCAUACCUCGCCAUCGGUGCCCCCUGGAUCUUACCCGUGCAUACGGGUUCAACAGCCCUCCGUGCUGCGCAGUCUCUCCCGGCAGGAAUUAUUGGUCAGACAGACAAGAUGGCCAGGCUCAUCAACAACCACGUCGGACCGCUUGUUGGCACCUCUAUUGGUCUCAUUCUGGGCCUCGUCGCUAAGCUCUCACCACCCUCGCACCAUGUCAGCGAGAACGCCUCUGGUGAGGCUUCAUUUGAGGACCAGAUAUGGCCGGCGAUCGUCGAGCGCAUGUACGCGGAGGGAGUGCGAGGUAUCGCAGAUGACGCUGUGCUGGUGAUGCAGAAGCAUGGCGGCAAGGUGGGGUGGAGCAACUGGGGUGACUACGACACCCUCGUGCCGCGGCUGGCUGAAGUUCUGCGCGCAGCAGGCAGACGGCUAAAGGUUGAUGUCUUCUACGCCGAGAACGACCAUCUAAUUGGCAGCGAGAAUUCCAAGGGUCGGCGCUGGUUUGAUGACUGCUGGGGUGUACCUCAGGGCAGCGACAUCAUCAGUUUUCAUUGCAUGACAGUCAAUCGUGCAGACCACGAUGAGAUAUGGAGUAUGAGAUUCGACGCCAUAUAUUCAGUAUUCAGAGCACUCGAACAGCAGGUUGAGAGCCCGCAAAUUCAUGGAUGA